AAAAGGCCCGCUCGCCAUAACAAAGGAAAGGAAAUGUGCCUUUCGGCUGCACGAUGCUACCCGGAUCGACCACGAGCCCAAGCCGAGUAAGGCUAGGCUUGUUGUGCCUCUCCGGUAUUAAUUGCCAGCACGGCCAACACCGUCUGCUCGAUCUAGGUUUUCGAUUACCUCGCCUCAAGCGCCGCCGCCGACCUAGCGCAGGGCUUGAGAGGUAUGGCGCCGAGCGUUGGAUAUUUUAGUGCCAUCUUGAUCGAUCUGCAGGCAUGUAUCUCUGAGCCCGGUAGAAUCCUUUAUGGCUGGACUGGAGAUAUCGUUCGACGACUUAUUUUUGGUAGAGGAACGGGAACGGGAGGAGAAAUCUUCAAGUUGGUAGCGGCAGGAACAGAAAUUACUGCUGCUGCCGUUGAUGACGAUGAGUUAAUCCGACAACUGGAAAGGGACGGCUUCUACUACGACGAAGAUCUGGACAGCUAUGGCCCAGUCGACAACUUCCACGACCUCGAUGACGACAUUGAUCGAAGUAUUCCACCGCCGAGUUUCAGUGUUCCUUAUUAUGAUGAAGACGGCGAUAACACACGGAUGGCUAAGUGCAAUUCUCGGCGCCUGGUAGAGCUGCUGGCUGUGCGUCCUCACUUUCCCUUCGAAGGCACCUUUAUUGCCUUCAACGAUUAUUCUGAAUACUGCUGCUCCUCACGAAGAGGGCUAAUUUGUCGCAACCUUGAUUCCAAGGAUAAUUUAAUACUCCAUUCAGAAGGCGUGGCCAUUCAGGACCAAUUCUCUAUUAAGAUUUGUAUCCCAAAGAACGAGAACAGGAGAGAUGAUGAUAUAGGAGCGUUCUCCUACAUACUGGACCCUUACAUGUGCGGCAUUGCUGUAACCCAGCCCAUCUCAACAGGACGCGGCAGGAGAAUAGACGUGACUUUCUUGCCGAUGCACACUGCUGUACAGGCCAAUGUGUACGUUACCCUUGAUCUCAUAUCUAGUGGCAGCAUCUACUUUGUCUAUGGUGAAAUUACUGCAUGUCACCAACUCUAUGGUCGCGAGAGUGUCACUCUCUUUUCUCAUGGAAAAGAGGACAAAGCAGAGGUUAUUGAUGGCAAACUUCCAUUGUCACGCAACUGGGCUGUUGUUCCAAUAUACUUGAAGCCUCUCCUGACAAUAAAGUUGAACCUAUGCGUUCAAACUAAUCAAAAUCAGGAUGAUCAUGGUCGUACCAUCUCCUUCCAAGGUGAUAUUACCUUCUAUCGUGAUGAUUAUGAAAAAAUAAUCUGCACACAAGACCAUGAUAAAGUUAAAGUGAAGAUUGCAUACACGUAAGUGAUGUGUGAAGAGAGGAGACAGAUCGUUCAUGAUAAAGUUAAAGUCAAGAUUGCAUGCACUGCCGUUCUUAUAUUAUGUGUUUGGUUAGUGUAACAUAUAAAUUGUGUGAAGAUAGAGUCAGAUCGUUGUAAAUUGCACCUUCAUCAUAUGUUUUGUGUUUGGUUUGUGUAACCCAUAAAUCUGAAACAUGUUGUGACUUCUGACAUGAAGUUAUGAUAUAA